AUGGCAGCUGAGAGACCAGUGGCUUCGCUUCGUGGGCGACAAGUGUCUGAUGAUGAUGUGGCGGGAUUGUUGGGAAAGUAUCCGGACAAGGUGGCGCUGGUGAACACGCUGGCGGUGACGGACACGUCACUUGCAACGGUUGCUCGUCUGGCACGUGAGGCGGCGAUGGAAGGCGAUGGAAGCACGUUCUGGAAGCUUCACUCUCUGCAUGUCGAAGGGAGCAAGGUCUCUGAUGUCGGUCUUAAUCUCCUUGCUCGUGCACCGCUUCCUGUCCUCUCUGAGCUCUCCAUCGCUUGGGCAUCGCGGGUCACCGACAAGGGCAUCUCCUCGCUGGUCAGCUGGGAGCCAAAGCCGGACAAGCUGACAUCACUCUCGCUCGCUGGCUGCACCAAGAUCACCGAUGCGGGCCUCAUUGACGUUGUUGACGCCUUUCCCAACCUCACGGCUCUUGAUCUUACCGCAUGCCGCAACAUCACAGACUCUGGCCUCUCGGCGCUCGCUGCUCGCGGCGCUGUCCGUCUCCGUCGCCUUGUUCUCCGUGGCUGCGCGAGCGUGUCGGACGAGGGCGUAUGCAACGUCAUUCGCGCCGCCGGGUCACUCACCAAGCUCGAUCUCCACGGUUGCCGUAAGAUAUCCGAUGCUGUCGCCACCGCGCUCAAGUCGUACACGCCGCGGUUGGGCGAGCUGGUCCUCGACGGCUGCGUCCGCCUCACCGACGCCACCCCUGCAGCGCUAGCGGCUGGCUGCCCUCGACUGACGGCGCUAGAUCUCUCUGGCCUGCGCCAUCUGACCGAUGCCGGCCUGGCCUCGUUGGCCGGCAAGACCAAGGCGCUGGCGCAGCUCUCGCUCCGAUGGUGCCCGGGAGUGACUGACGACGGCCUUUCCGCGCUCGUCCGUGCCAGCCCCAAGCUGACCUCGCUCCACAUCCCGGGCUGCACGCGGGUUGGCGACGCGACGCUAUGUGCGUUAGGCUCGGCGGCGCCGCGGCUACAGCAUCUGGACGGCGUAUGCAACGUCAUUCGCGCCGCCGGGUCACUCACCAAGCUCGAUCUCCACGGUUGCCGUAAGAUAUCCGAUGCUGUCGCCACCGCGCUCAAGUCGUACACGCCGCGGUUGGGCGAGCUGGUCCUCGACGGCUGCGUCCGCCUCACCGACGCCACCCCUGCAGCGCUAGCGGCUGGCUGCCCUCGACUGACGGCGCUAGAUCUCUCUGGCCUGCGCCAUCUGACCGAUGCUGGCCUGGCCUCGUUGGCCGGCAAGACCAAGGCGCUGGCGCAGCUCUCGCUCCGAUGGUGCGCGGGAGUGACUGACGACGGCCUUUCCGCGCUCGUCCGUGCCAGCCCCAAGCUGACCUCGCUCCACAUCCCGGGCUGCACGCGGGUUGGCGACGCGACGCUAUGUGCGUUAGGCUCGGCGGCAAUUAAAGAAUUCUAUCGCCUAUUCCUUGCUCGUGCACCGCUUCCUGUCCUCUCUGAGCUCUCCAUCGCUUGGGCAUCGCGGGUUACCGACAAGGGCAUCUCCUCGCUGGUCAGCUGGGAGCCAAAGCCGGACAAGCUGACAUCACUCUCGCUCGCUGGCUGCACCAAGAUCACCGAUGCGGGCCUCAUUGACGUUGUUGACGCCUUUCCCAACCUCACGGCUCUUGAUCUUACCGCAUGCCGCAACAUCACAGACUCUGGCCUCUCGGCGCUCGCUGCUCGCGGCGCUGUCCGUCUCCGUCGCCUUGUUCUCCGUGGCUGCGCGAGCGUGUCGGACGAGAGCGUAUGCAACGUCAUUCGCGCCGCCGGGUCACUCACCAAGCUCGAUCUCCACGGUUGCCGUAAGAUAUCCGAUGCUGUCGCCACCGCGCUCAAGUCGUACACGCCGCGUUUGGGCGAGCUGGUCCUCGACGGCUGCCGCUGGCGGCUGACUGCCCUCGACUGA